AUGCCUUGCUGUGGAGAUCGGGAGAAGAUCGGUCAGAUGAAGCUGGAGCAGACAUGGGAUUACAUCAAUCUCAAUGACUUCAAAAGCAGCUCCUGUUUCACCGGCUUCUCUUACUUCAUGGUCUGGGUCUUUGGCGCCAUUUCCAUCGCGGUCUACGGCGUUGACACAUUCACAGCCAUCAAUUUACUGGCCUUCAACAAAUGGUCUAGUCAGAUCAAACCCAAGAUUCCAAUUAGCAUUUCACGAUGGAUAUUCGCGGGCGCUAUCAUCGCCUCCUUCCUGCUGCUCAUUUACCGAUGGAUUCGUGCAAUUCGCGUCAUGCGAACGAGCGGUAUUGCUGAGUGUUAUCUAGAUCCGCUCGCUGUUCGAGUGCAAAGUGUGCGAAUUGGCAAACACAAAGGUUACAGGCGCUUUUUGGUAUUCGCUGAAUUGACGAAGAGUAAAAAGGGCGCUGAUUAUAUCGCCCUGUUUUCCUACUUUUCGUUCGAAGCCUGGCUACGUAUCCUGCUCGCCGACGGUCCUCGCCAAGUUAUCAAUGCCAUUACACUGUAUUCCGUCAUGGAAUUGGACCUCAUUCCUACCGGACACAACGCAGCACCUGACGGUACAUCCCCCGUCGUGCAAUUCUUUCUCAACAUCAAAGCAUUGGCCGAGAAGAACUAUCAGCAAGCUGUCAUUUUAUUUGGCAUGUUAUUCACACUUGUUGUCUGGGUCAUUGCGUUUCUGAGCUUAGCUUUUUCCGUCAUUCUUUACCUGAUUUUUUUGUGGCAUCAUAUUCCUACAGCGGACGGCUCCCUCAAGCAAUACUGUCGGCGCAAGAUUAAUACUCGUUUGGAACGUAUCGUGCGGAAGAAGACGGCCACAGCUCUGGCUAAAGGUGGUUUGCAAUUGAACGAGCGAACCCCAACAAUGCCGUUGAGCGUGGGAGAAGAGCUGAAGCCCAUCAGAGCAGCACCGACGCUGCCUUCUGUUUCCGAAUAUCCAGAGGACAAAAAGCCAAUCGUUACUGUUGCGCCUUUGUCUCGUCAGCCAACUCAGAGCACUCUGCCGCCGUACACUUCAGAACCUGGACAGUUUGACACGCCGCACGAGGACGAAUCCUACCCGCAGCCGAAGUUGCCAGACCUUUCUGAUGGCGGAUGGCUUACCAAGACAAAUACCCAAAACUCGGCUUAUGGGGACUCGGCAUCACUCACAGGGGACGCAGCUCCCAUGGGAUACAGCCCGCUUGACAGCAAUCAUUAUGCACAGCCAGACAUGCCUCCUGUGCCUCCCGGGCCUUUUAAUCCUAAUCAGGGAAGACCUUAUUCCCCAGCAAUCAACCGACCACCGACUGCACAGAGUAGAGCUGGUGGGCCAGGUCCGAUGCCAGUGGAUGGCAUGGGUAGACCCACACCUGGUCCAGGCUAUUCGCAAACGCCACCGCCGCAGAUGAUGGGCCGUCAAACACCGGGUUUUGGUCGAAAUUUCCCGCCUGAGCGCUCAUAUUCCCCUGCAACAAACAUGUCAAAUGAACGACCGUAUGCUCCCGGUAUAAMCCCGCCAUUCGACCGACAAGGAACUCCUCAAAACAACGUGCGCGGUAUGCGCUCGGAGUCACCAGCAUAUAAACCAUUUGAUCGACAACACACUCCUCAGUCAAAUCUGCGGGACAUGCGUUCAGAGUCUCCGGCGUUCAACCCACCACCUCCCAGUCGUGCAUUCACGUCACCCCUCCCCAAUCCCUCAUCAAUGGAUCCAGUCAAUCGCAGUCUCACUCCAGCUGACCGCACUGCUUCGCCUCGUCCGCCGAAUCAAGGUGGCUAUGUUGCAUUCAAUCCUUUAGCAUCUUCCACAAACGAUACCAAUACCUCUGCUCGCAGCCAGUUACCAAUCACUACAGGUUCGCAACCAAUUCCGCGACCUUCCACCACGGCACCGCCUCACAAUGCCAAUUUCAAUCCUCAUCCAGGGAUGAUUCGAGCGGCAACUACAACUCCUUCUAAUGGGUUCGGACGCAGCCGCGGCCCGCUCGCUCAAUUCCAACAGCGGCAUCCGGCGCACGAUGAAGAAGAUGACGAUGAAUAUGACCCCUUGUCAUAUUAUGGGAGUGCCAAUUAA